AUGGCCGUCAUACAAGAAAGGGCAGCACCUGCUGAUGGCCCUCCUUACUCCUUCUCCAGUCAACCCCGAGUAGUUGCCCACCGGAGGAAAUAUCGUAAUGCAGAAUUUCAAAAUUCAGAAGAGGAUACUCGGGGUUUCGGUAACAUAAUGUAUGACCGGCGAGUGGUACGCGGCAACACCUAUGCAUCAUCCACUUUACCAGCUCGUGCUCAGCCAGACCCCGUGGAAAUUCAGCGCCAACAGGAAUCCAAAAGGCGAGCAAUAGCUCGACGACGUGCCAAGGAACAUUUCCAGUCCUUAACUCCAGAACCUGUAGCUGGCCGGAAGCACAUCGAUGUGCAGACUGAAUUCUACUUAGAAGAGCUUGCAGAUCGUAUUGAAGAAGCUGAUGUGGAUUGUCAGACAGAUGGUUUCCUCGAUCGACCACCAUCGCCUUUAUUUGUGCCAGCUAAAUCUGGUGCUGAUGCAUCCACCCAGAUUUUGGAUGGAGAGGUAAGUCUCAAACCAGCCGUUCUUAGCUAUGAAGAAGAAAGUACUCGGGCCUGCUGA